GACACAGUGAUAUACUUGUAUUUCACUUGUAAUGACUAUUUUUAGAUGGCAUUCAUACAUGUAAACAUUUUGUUGGUAUAUUAUAUUAACUGUUUAAAAAUGGCGUCUACAGAUGAAGACAAAUUUGAUCGUCAGUUAUAUUUCAAAAUAUGGAACUUUUUACAAGAAGGAGCAAACGAAAGUAUGAAAAACGACGGAGACGAAAUAUUUCCCAACAUAUAUGUGGGAAACGAAUUUUUUGCACGUGAUCCAGCAGAAGUUAAAUCAAAUGGUAUUACACAUGUGUUAAAUCUGGCAAUUGAGGAUGUAGAGACCGGAAAGCAAUUUUACAAAGAAAUUGGUGCCCAAUAUUUCGAAAUUUUCGCUGAAGAUGAUCCAGCAUUUGAUAUUAAAAAAUGUUUCUUUGAGGCAUGUGAAAUAAUAGAUAAAGCAUUAAAAGACGGAGGAAAAAUAUUAGUACAUUGCGUGGCAGGCUAUAGAAGAUCUCCGACAGUAGCAGUAGCUUAUAUGAUGAUAAAGAAAAAAUACCAUCUGUGGGACGCCGUAGCGGAGGCCAGAUCUAAAAGAAAAAUAUUUCCCAAUGAUGGUUUUAUAGAACAAUUGUGUAUGCUAGAAAAAGAGCUUUAUGGGUGAUAGAAAUUUGUGUCAUACACGGAUAAUAAUUUGGGAACUAAAUAUAAUAAUCGGGUAUUCGAUUUUACCAUUGUUACCCAAUUAUACAUUUUGCAUUAUUUUUAAAUUAAACUGUGUUUUUAUUUUGUACCUCUUUAUAUAUUCAAUAAGUUUAAUUAUCUUAUUUAUUAAAAUUAUUUCUAUAUUAA